GAACAAGCAAUAAAUCUAAACGAGGCGCACAUCGUCUUGAUUCCUAUGGGUGCGCACUACGCCUCUAAACAACUUGAGAGAAAGGAAAGCCAAAAACCCACAUCGCAGCCUGUCUCCUUAUCACACCAUAUAAAUUCAUAAUAUUAACUUGAUUAAACCUUAAUUCUCUCUUAACCCUCCCCCCAAUCUCUUUCUAGACCUGCCUUCUUUCCCUCUUUAACGUAAAAGGAGAAAAAAAAAAAACAAGAAGAAGACAAAUCACAACCUCUCUCUUUCUCUGCAUUUGCUUGAUUUUUUUUUGUUUAAAUGGUGGAUAUGGCGAUGGAAGAGGGUGGUAGUAACGAGAGCUGCGGGAGCAGAGUGAACGAGAACACGACGUCGCCUGGUUCGGUAUUACAAGGAAGGCAACAUCCGCAAAGGAUGCAGCAGAAACUUGAGGUUUAUAACGAGAUUCUUCGUCGUCUUAAAGAAACUAAUCACGAAGAAGCUAAUCUACCUGGUUUUGAUGAUCAACUUUGGACUCACUUCAAUCGCCUCCCUGCCAGAUAUGCGUUAGAGGUGAAUGUGGAGAGAGCAGAAGAUGUCUUAAUGCAUAAGAGAUUGCUGCAUUUGGCUCAUGAUCCUGCUAAUCGACCGGCAAUCGAAGUUCGCCUUGUUCAGGUUCAUCCUACUUCUGAUGAUAAUUCAGCUGAUUUUAUCCUUCCAGACUCUCCUAGUAAAGAAGCAGCCCAAAGAAAGAGCAUACACCCACCACCAGCCUUUGGUUCAUCACCUAAUCUUGAAGCACUUGCACUUGAAGCAAACAAAUUUGAUGAUCAAGAUGGUGAUAAUUCUGUGCAUGCUAACUCGAAGUUCUUCAAGCCCAUGCAUGAAAUUACUUUUUCAAGUGAUGACAAGCCAAAACUCCUGAGUCAGUUGACUUCCUUACUCGCUCACAUUGGAUUAAACAUCCAAGAAGCACACGCAUUUUCAACACUUGAUGGCUACUCCUUGGAUGUAUUUGUUGUUGAUGGUUGGCCAUAUGAGGAAACAGAGCAGCUCAGAACAGCAUUGGAAAAAGAAGUUAUCAAGAUUGAGGCUUGGUCAAAUCACCGUUCUUCAUCUCCUACCAGUGAUCAUGAGAAAUCCAAGAUCAAAUAUGAUCCUGAUCAUGUUGCAAUACCCAAUGAUGUGACUGAUGUGUGGGAAAUUGACCCUAAACAUUUGAAGUUUGAGAACAAAGUUGCAUCUGGAUCAUAUGGUGAUCUGUACAAAGGCACGUACUACAGUCAGGAAGUGGCUAUCAAAAUCCUCAAGCCCGAGCGAGUAAAUUCAGACUUGCAGAAAGAGUUCGCCCAAGAAGUUUACAUAAUGAGGAAAGUUCGACAUAAGAAUGUCGUACAAUUUAUUGGUGCAUGCACCAAGCUUCCAAGUUUGUGCAUUGUAACAGAAUUUAUGUCUGGAGGAAGUGUCUAUGACUACCUACACAAGCAGAGGGGUGUUUUUAAGCUUCCAACAUUACUUAAAGCAGCAAUAGAUGUUUCUAAAGGAAUGAAUUACCUGCACCAAAAUAAUAUAAUCCAUAGGGAUUUGAAGGCCGCAAAUCUUCUCAUGGAUGAAAAUGAAGUGGUUAAGGUUGCUGAUUUUGGUGUUGCCAGAGUGAAAGCUCAGACUGGAGUUAUGACAGCAGAAACUGGGACCUACAGAUGGAUGGCUCCUGAGGUCAUUGAACACAAGCCGUAUGACCACAAGGCUGAUGUAUUCAGUUUUGGGAUCGUGUUAUGGGAGUUGUUAACUGGAAAGCUUCCAUACGAGUACUUAACCCCAUUACAAGCAGCUGUUGGAGUGGUUCAAAAGGGUCUAAGGCCAACAAUACCCAAGAAUACUCAACCAAAGCUUGCCGAGCUGCUUGAAAAAACCUGGAAACAGGAUCCAGCUCUAAGGCCUGACUUCUCAGAGAUUAUAGAAAUCCUGCAGCAAAUAGCAAAAGAGGUUGGGGAUGAUGGUGAAUGCCGCAAGGAGAAAUCAUCUGGUGGAUUUCUAUCCGUGCUUAGGAGGAAGUAGUUGAAGGAAGAGUUGCAGCUGUUCAUAAACUGAUCAAUCAACGAGUCGAUGGCAAACCAACCGUUUUCAAUCCUUCUAAAAUACACCAUUACUGUACAGUUUUUUAAUUUUUUUUUCCUGCCAAGCACCAUCAAACUGUAUUUUUUUUUUAUUCGUUAUUAUUUUUGUUAAUUUUAUCUUAGUCCAUGUUUUGAAACAGUCAUUCUCAUCUUUUUCUACCAGCACAUUAUUAUUAAGUUCUGAGAGUUAUCUCU